GCCCGGCAGGUUAUUGAAGGGUACAAAGCUCUAUUGUGCCGGUUUACCUCCGGUUUCCGGUUUUUCCGGUUCGACCGGCCGGUCCGGUACGGUAUCCCGGUCCUUGCUUUUUUGUUAUUAGUGCAAAGAUAUGUUACUGAAACGUGCAAAAUUAAAGGUUUGUAACCGUUUCGUACGAAGUGAAUAGUUUUGUUACCAUUUAUGAUAAUUACCCCUACUCGCCUGCUCCUUCUGUUUCGCAAGAUCUGGAAGAGCAUCGGCAUUCCAUCGUUCCAUUUGAAACCCGAAUCGAGCCUUGUGAAAAGCAGAAAUCGGAGGAGGGAUUGAAAGAUGGCGGCGGUGACGGGAGGAGCAGUGGCGCUUUGGAAGAUGAAAGGAAGCCCGAAGAGAAAAUCUGGCGACGAAUUGGGAGGAGAAGGCGCCUCGUCAUUCCAUCGUCGCCGUCUUGAUUGCGCCGGUUGCAGCUCUGGAGGCUCGAGUGGUCGAUGAGCACGGGAGAAGGGAAUUCGGAGCACCGGCGAUUCGUCGUCAAUUGUCCUCCGGAGAAGGGAGGCCGCGAGAGGCAGAGGAGGCUGGAAAGACUCGAGUUUUCGUCUGCUAUCCGCCGCUGUCUGCCGGAGAAGGGAGGUCGCAAAUGCAGGGGAAGCUGCGAGUGAGAAGUUCACCCCUGUUUUGGUCGGUUAUGCGACGGGAAGAACUCGGGUGGGAAUCGGUCCUUUCUAUCUCCUUAUUUUACCAUUCAACUAUAUCAGCAAUUUUUUGGUUUUUGAUAACCAAAAUGUAGAUUCAUUGACUCAGCUAACAUGUACCAACCCAACCUACUAAUUUGAACUUGUUAGCCUAAUGACUCUGUGUAUACUGACUGAUAUAUUAUUUUAUGGAAACCUUCUAUUCUAUUCAUCCAUGAUGUUGAUUUUUUUUUACUUUCUUCCUGGCCAGCUGAUAAUGAAGUUGGCCAAUCCUGGAAAUGCCCUGAACAACCUGGAAUGCAGGACUUGGCUCUUUGGUCUCCUUAGUUUCCGUAGUCGUCAUGAUCUCGAAAGGUUACUUGUUUCUGUUCCUCAGAUCCAUUUCUAACAAGUCCUGCAACUCUCAGAAAACUACUACUCAGUCAUUCUUACAGCAACACUGCUCAAACGAAUGGGUUUUCUGUUUCAGUUUCCCUUCGCAGUAUUUCAUGUCUUCCUGCUGCUGCCGUGCUCUAGUACUGCGGUGCUUGAUGCUGUUACUCCAACCCAGCCUCUGAUCGACAGCGAUGGACAGACUUUGGUGUCCAAAGAUGGAACCUUUGAGCUGGGUUUCUUCACUCCUGGUCCUUCCUCCAACGGGAACCGUUACUUGGGGAUUUGGUACAGGAACAUACCGGUCAGAAGAGUUGUCUGGGUUGCAAACCGCGACACUCCGGCUACCGAUUCAGGCAGCUCUUUGUCGAUAGACACAGGUAAUAGAAGCUUGGUAAUUGUCAGCAGCAACAAGAGUGCCACUUUGUGGUCAUCAAAUGCGACGGCCAGCAGUAAUCACCUGGUGACUAGUCUAGUAGCUGAACUUCUCAACACUGGCAAUUUGGUACUAAGAGACCAAAAUGACACGAGCAAUUCAGAGGAAUUUUUGUGGCAGAGCUUUGAUUAUCCAUGUGACACACUUUUACCAGGGAUGAAGCUGGGAUGGGACUCCAAGUCGGGGCUUAACCGCGGCUUAACAUCUUGGAAGAGCCCCGACGAUCCAUCCACUGGGGACUUCAGAUGGGGGAUCCAAGUGCAGAACAACCCUGAAGAGUUCAUGUGGAAGGGCUCAGAGAGAUUUCACAGAAGUGGGCCAUGGAACGGGCUGGGGCGCAGCGGGGCACCUGAGUUGAGGGACAAUCCAGUGUUCUCCUACAAAUUUGUGUGGAAUGAAGACGAGGUUUACUACCAAUAUGAGCUGAAGAACAAGUCGUUGAUCUCCAUUGUAGUCAUGAACCAGACUUCGUACCUGCGCCAGCGUCUCGCUUGGAAUGAGGCGAGCCAGAGUUGGGGGUUGUAUGCGUCGGUGCCGAGGGAUAGGUGUGACAACUAUGCCACCUGUGGUGCAUAUGCGACCUGCAUGGUUUCUGAAUCCCCAAUUUGCGAGUGCAUGAAAGGGUUCAAGUCCAAGUCGCCCGAGAUGUGGGAAAUGGCGGAGUGGUCUCAAGGGUGUGUGAGGGAGAAGCCAUUGCCAGAGUGCCCCCCGCGGCAGAAAAAUGUUGAAGGUUUUGUCAGGUAUAAUGGGUUGAAGCUGCCUGAUGCCACCCAUUCUUGGGUGAACAAGACCAUGAGCCUUGGGGAAUGCAGAAACAAGUGUUUGCAGAAUUGUUCGUGCACGGCGUAUACUAGUACAGAUAUCAGAGGGGCAGGAAGCGGCUGCUCCAUUUGGCAUGGUGAUCUGAUUGAUAUGAAGAUGUUCUCAACUGGGGGACAAGAGAUUUACAUUAGAAUGCCUGCUUCAGAAUUAGAGAGGGGCAAUAAGGUGACAAGAAGCAGGGUAGGUGCAAUAGUUGGAGCUAUUGUUGGGGGUCUUGGGUUGCUUUCACUUGGCUAUUUCAUUUAUUUCAGAGUCAAGCAACAGGGUGAUUCAAACACUAGGGGAAAGGGAGAUCUAGAGCUACCCUUAUUUGAACUACACAAGAUAGUUGAUGCCACUGCCAACUUUUCAGACUCCAAUAAGCUGGGAGAAGGAGGAUUCGGACCUGUCUACAAGGGUGUUAUGGCAGAUGGACAAGAAGUAGCUGUGAAGAGGCUGUCAAGCGAUUCCGGGCAAGGAUUGAAGGAGUUCAAGACCGAGGUCAUACUGAUAUCUAAGCUUCAGCACAGGAAUCUUGUCAAGCUUCUAGGCUGUUGCAUUCAAGGAGAUGAAAAGAUGCUGGUUUAUGAAUACAUGCCACACAGAAGCCUAGACUCUUUCAUUUUUGAUAAAGGUAGAAGCAGAUUGUUGGACUGGGGCAAGCGUUUCGACAUAAUCUGUGGGAUCGCAAGAGGUCUUCUCUAUCUUCACCAAGAUUCAAGGCUGAGGAUUAUACACAGGGACCUCAAAGCAAGCAAUGUACUCCUCGACCGAGAGCUCAAGCCAAAGAUCUCGGAUUUCGGCCUCGCUAGAAUCUUUGGAGGAGAAAACGGUGAAGGCAACACAAAGAGGGUUGUUGGAACAUAUGGGUAUAUGGCUCCAGAAUACGCUGCAGAUGGGCUGUUCUCAGUGAAAUCCGAUGUCUUCAGCUUUGGAAUUCUGGUGCUAGAGAUCAUAAGCGGUAAGAAGAGUCGUGGGUUUUACCAUCGGGACGAGAGCUUGAACCUUAUUGGAUAUGCCUGGAGAAUGUGGAACGAAGGCAAGGCUUUGGAGUUGAUGGAUUCAGCACUCGAUAAUCAAGAUUCGUCGAGUACUGAAAAUCUGCCACAAGCUAUCCGAUGCAUCCAUACUGGCCUAUUAUGUGUGCAACACUAUGCAGAGGACAGGCCGAGCAUGGCAACUGUGGUUGUAAUGUUAGGAGGAGGCGACGGUCGUGCGCUACCUCCACCAAAAGAGCCCGGCUUUUUCAAGGACAAAGAGCCAUUCAACAUGAUGGUAGACUCAUCCUCAAGCAAGGUGGAAUCAUCUUCAACGAAUGAACUGAGUUUCACACUUCCACAAGGUCGUUGAAUUGCCCGCGCCAACGUCAGCCUCCUCUUCUACUGAUCGAUCCUUUUCGUCUAAUAAACUUGUUUAGUGGUUUGCAGUUUGCCGUAAUUUUACGUUACCUGUUUAAUCCUGUUGUAAUUUUAUUCUUGGUAAUGAAUAGAAGAAAUAUCU